ACCAUGCACACACGUUGGCACGACAGCACCACCCCCUUCCCCUUCCCCUUCCCCUCCCCUUCAUCCUCGCACGCCAGAAACAGCAACGGCUCCUCCUGCUGCCCUUGCUGCUCGCGGCGACCGAGCUUAAUAAUUAGCCUGAGCCUGAGGGUCCGCACCACCGCACCGCAAACCGCAGGACAUCUGCAUCGCAUCAGCCCCCUGGUCCCGGCUGAAGCUCUGGCCAUGGCCGCCGAUGAUUGGCUCAUCCCGAGGAUGUCCUCUUGAACCUCCUGUUUACCCUCUCAACUUCCUUCGACUCUUGUAACCCCCUCUCAUCUGUUGCAAUUUCACCGGCCUUUUACAUCGCACCUGGAUCGCAUCAUCAGCGCAACACCACUAUCCAACUGACCCAUCCUUUGCGAUCCCCAUUGUAUCCUUGUUUCCCCAAAGCAUAGCAUCCCAUCAGAAGCAGACGCCAUGCCCGUCGAGCUCCGCAAGCGCAAAGCCCCCGAGCCCGCCCCAGCUCCAGCCCCCAAGAAGGCCUCCUCCAAGAUCGCCAAGGCCGCAGAGAAGGUUAAGGGCGCCGUCAAGGGCAAGGCCGACAAGCCCGCCGACAAGUCCGCCGACAAGCCCGCCGAGGAGGCCGUCGAGAAAGUCGUCAAGGAGCCCGCUGCUGCCAAUGGCUCUGACAAGAAGGUCAAGGCUGUGAAGGGCGAGACGGUCGACCUCGACGGCUUCGGCGGCGAGAUCGAGACCAAUGACGGCGAGAAGACGACUCUGAAGGAGCUUGUUGACAAGAGCAAGGCUGGCGUUGUGCUCUUCACUUACCCCAAGGCCUCGACUCCCGGAUGUACGAAGCAAGCCUGUCUCUUCCGAGACUCGUACGAGCCUUUGACCAAGACGGGCUUUGCCAUCUACGGACUGUCGAUGGACUCUCCCAAGGCUAAUACUACCUUCAAGGAGAAGCAGAAGCUGCCUUACCCGCUUCUCUGUGACCCAAAGGCCACCCUCAUCAGUGCUAUCGGGCUCAAGAAGCCGCCCAAAAGCACUCAGCGCGGUGUUUUUGUCGUCGACAAGGCUGGCAAGGUCCUCAUCGCUGAGCCUGGCAGCCCCGCCGGCACCGUCGAAGUUGUGACAGCGCUGGUCGAGGGCGGCAACGUCGAGGGCGCUGCUGAGGCUGCCGCCGAAGCCGCUGCCACGGAUGCCAAGGAGGAGGCGCCCAACGGCGAAGCAAAGACCGACGAGGAGAAGAAGGAAGAUACCGCUGACGGAGCCGAGAAGAAAGACGAGCGAUUAUAGUGCUGCUAUGUAAAUGUAAUCUGUGGCGGAAAACGCGUUUGCAAUUGGAAUGGCCGGGUAGGACAUGGUUCGAAUUUUCUUGUAUCCGUAUAGUAAGUAGUAGCUGGGGAAUUGAUUAAGUGGCGUUGGCCUUUGACGCACGACACUCCGCUCCACUGACAUGCCGUGAUACAUCGUACAUCAUUUCGUGAACUCCAGGAAGCUUUGGCAUAGGUAGCAGUAUUGCAGCAUUGGGUUGCAAGGGGAAAAGGGCGAAGUGGAUACUCACGAAAGUCGGGUUGCAAAUCGAAGCACGGCUAUUGCUACGACCGGCAAAACCUCGGCCGCCCCGGUCCUUGCCAGAAACUGGAGCACUCUGGACAACCCAGGCGUCCGGAACGCUCAUAUCCAA